AUGGCGAGCUACAAGGUGAACAUCGCUGCACUCAGUGAGACCCGAUUCUCCGAACAAGGCAAAAUAGAGGAGGUAGGUGCCGGUUACACCUUCUUUUGGAGCGGUCGGCCCCAGGACUGAAUGACGGCUCGCGGGUGUCGCCUUUGCUAUCUGAAGCGGCAUCAUGGCAUGACUGCCCUGUCUGCCACAGAGCAUUAACGAUCGCCAGAUGAGCCUCCGCCUGCUUCUUUGGGAAGGCAAAUUAGCCACCACCGUCAGCGUCUACGCUGGUCCGAUGACCAGUCCCGAUGCCGCAAGAUACACAUCCCAGGUGAACCUGAACGUCUUCCUGGCGACUGUUUCGAAGGCGGAUAAGAUGAUUGUCCUUGGUGACUCCAAUGUCCGCGUUGGCACAGACCAUGUUGACUGUAGAGUAGUGCUGAGUUGCCAUGGUCUCAACGGCUCCAACGACAAUGGUCUGCUCCUCCUCCGAACCUGCGCAGAACACCGACUCAUCCUGACCGACAUCUUCUUCCAGUUUUCAUACUGA